GGAACAAUGGCAGCAGGCAGCAGGACGGAGGACUUCCCUCAUGAGAUUGAAGAACAGCUCACGUCCUUCGACGCAUCGGUUUCUUCAGUCAAAACCAUGUUGGAACAGUUGAUAUCGAUGCCCAGAAACGAUCUGGUGGAGAAGUUGGGUCCUUUGGAUCAGGCCAAACUGGAUCUGAUGUCUGCCUACACCCUCAAUUCACUCUUCUGGAUGUAUCUGGUUACACAAGGAGUAAAUCCUCGGGAACAUGGCAUCAAGCAGGAGUUGGAGAGAAUUAGAACGUACAUGAACAGAGUGAAAGAGAUUUCUGACAAAAAGAAAGCCGCCCGUCUGGAUAAAGGAGCUGCGUCACGUUUUCUCAGGAACGCCCUCUAUGAUCCGGAGGAGAAAGAGUCAAAAACAAGAUCAGCAUCGAAGAAAGGUUCAGACUCGGUGUUUGAGAGUCCACAGUUAAAGAAGCAGAAGCGAAGCUGAAACUCUUCCAUCUAGUUCCAUUUAUAUAUAUAUAUUUUUUAACACUCGAGCUGGUGUUUUUAUUACAGACCGUCUGCUGAUGUAAAAUGAAAACAUACAGUUUACUUCAUUGUUGAUCAUGAAACUGAUCCUGGAUCUGAACAGAUGACCUGCAGCCGACAGAAUUUUUUGAACAGAUGAUGCUGGGAUGUGUGUUGGAGUUAAAGGAUCCAACGUUGGAAUCAUUUCAAGACGUUUCUUUGUCUCUGAGCCGAGUUAUUUUUUAAGACGAGUUUUAUGAAGAAAACUUUGUGGUUUUGUUUUGUUCUUCUUCUGAAGAAGAAAUGUUUCCUCUGAAUGUGAGAGAGAGAUUCUGUGAAUCGUGAAUAAAACCUGGUCACAAACA